CUUUGCCGAUAUCACUAUUGACUGUUCAGUGUUCACUCUGUUCAUCUUUGUUUAUUUACUUCUGCAUUCUGCAAGACGAAAGAUACGAAUAUUGUUGAACUGCUAAGGGCUAACCCUGAUUUUCUAUGGUAUAUGUAUUUAAUAUGCACUAAAAACCUAAUUUAAUCAUGAGUGAUAAUACAAAACAACAAACUGUAAAGCCUCAAUGCCAUUACUUUGUUGUUAGAAAAAAAAGGCUAUGUAGAAUGACUGUGAAACCUGGUCAUCUUUAUUGUGGUGAACACGAACCACAAACCACGGGACAACCGAACGAUACACGUGUUCCAUGCCCAUAUGACCCGAAGCACACAUGCUUUGCCAACAAAUUGGAUAAACAUUUAAGAAUAUGCAAUGCUCGUCAGCAAGAAAACCCUGAAUAUAUUGAGACAAAUAUAAAUUCUCCAGCUGAACCAAGCAAUCAUAGACAGCCACUAAAGGAUGUUCCCCUUGAAAUUCUUAACCAGGUCAUUGACAAAAUAAAUGUCUUGUAUGAAAAGUAUAUAGAGGGAAAUAUAGAAGAGUUGUCAGAGAGAGAGAUCCAUUCAGUAUUGAGGGAAGAAUAUAUGCAAAAUGGUCGGACAGAAAGCUCACUGAGACAUCUCCGGCAGGUUUCCCAACUCAUGUGGAUUGUCGAAGAUGAGGGUCUUGUGAAUAAUAAUACUUGCUAUGUUGAAUUAGGAGCAGGCAAGGGUCAUUUAUCAUAUUUUGCGUGGCAGGCGUGGUGCACUCAACCCACGAGGCAGAGCUGCGUGCUGCUAGUUGAGCGAGCCGCGCUGAGACAUAAGCGAGACAACAAGAUACAAACUCAGGUGGCUAAGAGUGACGCGAACCAUGUCACCAGUCACGAUACAAGCGAAGGAACCGAGGCCCGGGUGGACAGCGUGGUGGACGGAAGAGUGGAGGGAGCGGUGAGAGUCCGCGCCGACAUCGCCGAUCUGGUGCUGCACCUAGUGCCGGCCGUAAGAGAGCGGCGCUCGGUCGUGGGCAUCACCAAGCACCUGUGUGGUGUUGCCACUGAUUAUGCCCUGCGUUGUCUGUGCGCGGCAGAAGGCCUAAGUCAUCUGCGCGGACUGGUGAUGUCUACUUGCUGCCACCACAGAUGCCAGCCGGCCGGCUACGUGGGUUCAUCUUACCUGCAGGCGCUGGGCGUGGACGCCGCCGACUUGUGUGUGAUGCUGGGCGUGGUCUCGUGGGCCACGUGCGGCGACGGAAGGCCGCGGGCCCCGCCCCCCGCGCCAGACCCCGCCCCUCCCGGCCCGCGUGAGGUUGUUGGCCGCCGCGCCAAGUUGCUGCUGGACUGGGGUCGGGUGCUGUACCUGCGCGAGCGCGGGUUGAACGCGCGGCUCACCCGCUACGUGGCCGCCGCCGUCUCGCCCGAGAACGUGUGCAUAGUGGCCACCAACACACAAUAAAACCACACCGUCCAAAUAUAA